GUAAAAAAACAAUAUUAAAUUAAAAAAUAAACAUGUUUUAUUGUUAAACACAUUAAAUAAACGUGACACCUGUUGAAUCUAAGUAAAAAAUAAGGUGCUUUAGUAUAUAGAAAAAAAAACAGAUAUAUUGACUUUUAAAGCUUUCAAUAAAAAAGGAAUUAAGAAUAUCCUGCAGCAACAGAAACUUAAGAAGUACAACUUGCAGAAGGAUGAAAUAAAAUCAAUAAUUAUAUAUAACUAAUAUUUUGUACAUCAAUAAACAAAUGUAUACACAAGAAAUAGUCUAAAACACAUGCAUUGUAAUAAUAUUGCUCAAGUCCAUUGAAUAAAUCAAAUCAAUGACAAAUUACAAUUGCACAUACAUGUGAUAAAGGAUUUAAAUUAGUUGGCAACAUAGAAAUAUUAACAAAUACUACCUCAAACACACAUAUUUAAAUCCACUACAACUGCAAACAUUCCAUUUACAACAACAACUAUCGGUUUCCAGUUCCCAUAACACAAAAGAGAAAAAAACUACAAAUAAAAUGGUACAUGCACCCUCAAAACGGAAAUCAAAUGGCUCCACCAACAACAAUACCACAAAUAAACAUGAAUAUGAAAUGGAAUUAUCGGAAAAUACAGAAUCACAGCAACCAGUGCCACCAGAUGGUGGCUGGGGUUGGGUUGUCGUCUUUGGUUCAUUUAUGAUCCACAUUAUAAGUGAGUAUGAGUUGUUUUAAAUAAUCGAUGAUUUAAAAUGAUUC